CCGGGGACAGUUAGGUGAAGAUAGAAACUCUGGACACUGUGUGUGUGUGUGUGUGUGUUAUUCCAAUCCGGGGACAGUUAGGUGAAGAUAGAAAGUAAGGGUGGGGAGGAAUUUCCAGGAAACGAAAGCGAAAGAGACAUUAAUUAAAACUCUGAGCAGCUUUGGGCGACCUGGCAGUCGCGGUUCCUGGCCAGCCAGGAUGGCAGAGUCCGGCCCGUUCCCGCUACUGGUCGAGGGGUCUUGGGGCCCCAAGCCCCCGAAGACCUUGAUCAACAAGUUGCAAAUGUACUUCCAGAGCCCGAAGAAGUCGGGCGGAGGGGAGUGCGAGGUCGUUCAGCAGCCGGGGAGCCCGGCGUGCUUCCUGGUGCUCUUCUCCCCGGAGGACGUUCGUCAGAAUGUUCUGGAGAAAGAAAAUCAUGAGUUAGUGUGGCAAGGAAAGGGGACAUUCAAGUUAACUGUCCGGUUGCCCGAAGACCCAGAUAAAGCCUCAGUCUCUAAGGCAGUUCCAGAAAAGGAAUCCAAGACAAAAAAUGAUGCUGCAAAGACAGGUUUUCCCAGCGACAGAUCAGAAAAAAUGGAAGAUGUCCCCACAGAAUGUGAAAAUAUUUCCUCCAUGGUGGCAUUUGAAAACCUGUCAGAGAAAGUGUCUGACGUGGUGCUAACCUUCCUAGUGGAGAACAUAAGUGGCUUCCCCAGUGAAUGCUUUAAGGUGGAAGUGAUCCGAGAUUUUGGUGUGGCUGUGGUUACCUUUCAGAUGCCUAUAGAUACCAAAAAAUUUAUUACUGAUUGUAUCAGUCACCAUUCAAACCGACAACUUCAACUUGUCCCAAGACUUUUGGAAACAACAAAUGUAGUUAGGGUGGAAAACCUGCCUCCUGGGGUAGAUGACUUCCAGCUGCAGCUCUACUUUGAAAAUCCUUUCAACGGGGGCGGUAGAGUCGCCCAUGUGGAAUGUUUCCCAGAAGAGAGUUCAGCGCUGGUUGAAUUUGUGGACAGCAAAGUGUUAGACACCAUUAUGGCCAAGAAACACAGUUUCAACAAGAUGCCACUGUCUGUCUUCCCCUAUUAUCCCUCUCUGGGCACAGCCUUAUAUGGUGAGGAGAAGCCACUGGUCAAGCUUCCAGCAUCUUUCCAAGAGUCACUGGGUCUUCCUCUGUGGAAGUUCUUUCAAAAGAAUAAUCAUCUGAUCGAGGAGAUCAAUGACAAAAUGAGAUGCUGUCACUGUGAGCUAAUGUGGUCUGAAAUCAAUGGCACAUUGACCAUCAGACCUGCUGCCACCUUAGCCAGUCAUAGACCAAGCAUCAAGACCUGGCAGAGAGACGCAUCCAAGGCGCUCUCUGCCAUCAGGUCUAAGUAUGAAGUUAAGCUGUUUGAAGUGUAUUCACCAGUGUGGGACAUCAUACGGCAUGAGCUAAGAGACGACAGGAUUUUGAUUGAGUUUGAUAAGGACUGUCUCACCUUAGCAGGAAAAUCAGAAGAUGUCCAAGACAUCGGUCAGAAAAUCAAGGAAUUAAUAGACAGCACCACGGAAAAGGUCAGAAAGGAGGAGCAGAGUCUGAAGGAGAAAGUGGCCAUUUCUCCGGGGAAACAUUUUCUUUUGGAACACAGUGGCUUUCUGGAGGAUCUAAGCAAAGACUACCCAGAGAUGGAGAUUCAUUAUGAUGCUGCCACUCAGAACCUGUGCUUUAAAGGAUUCCAUGUAGAUGUGUAUAAAGUAAAGUGUGAUAUCCAGGAAAAGGUGUAUUCCAUGUCUCAGAAAGAGGUCCGGGUUCCUUCUGAAGUCUUCAUGUUCCUGCAGCAAGUAAACAGUCAGGAAUUCUCCAAGACUCUUUUUGAAGCACAGAAAAUUCUCGCCACGUAUGAGCUGAAGGGCACAGCUCUUCUCUUGACAGCCUGUUCUUUAAGAGCCCUGGCAGAAGCAGAGAAGCAAGUUGCCGAUGCCUUAAGUUAUAAGCUCAUUGAAGUUGAGGACAAGGAAGUUCUUACAGGCAACGUAUGGAAAAAGAAAAUUCACCCUCUGCAAAAGAGAUACAACUCUACUGCAACUAUUAUAAUAAAGAAUGAACUAACUUCAGGAACCCCAGCUGAGGUCAUCAUUGCAGGCUGUGUGAGAGAAGUAAAUGAAAUCUAUGACCAGCUUUUUGAAUUCUUGGAAAACAACAUGAAAAUUGAAAGACUGUUUGAAGUAGAACCAUCCCUGAUUAUUGACUAUGUAAAGACAGACAAGAAGCUAUUCUGGCCCAAGAUAAAGAAGGCAAAUGUGCAGGCAAGUUUUAAGCUGGAAGAUGAACCAAAAGGCAUUUUACUAACUGGCUCUAAAAGCAAAGUUCUGGAGUGCAUGAACAUGGUCAAGCAGAUCCAGGAUUCAGCGUGCAUUAAAAGAUUCCAGAUUGAUAAACCUGGUGCCAAGCACUUCUUCCAGGAUAAAGCAUCAUAUUACAAAAGUGAGAUCAAACGCCUGUAUGGAUGCGUCAUUGAACUCCAGGAGGAUGGAGAGAAGGAGAAAGGCAGCCUUAAGGAGCAGAAGUGCCAUUUACAGAUAGACAUAGCUCCUGGAGUCACGCUGAUUGUACAGCAGGGAGACCUGGCUCAGUUUGCUGCCGAUGUGGUAGUGAAUGCAUCAAAUGAGAAUCUGAAACACAUUGAUGGUCUCGCAAAAGCUCUCUCAAAUGCAGCUGGCCCUGAACUUCAAGCAGAAUGUGACAGGAUAGUACGAAGUAGAGGCACGGUCUUAACUGGCAAUGCCGUUAUCUCAAAAGCAGGCAAACUCCCUUGCCGUCAUGUCAUCCACGCAGUAGGACCUCGAUGGAAAGGAGAUAAGGCCCAGGAGUGUGUGAGUCUGUUAAAGAAAGUUGUGGAUCGAAGUCUCACUUUAGCUGAGGAGUACAAGUGUCAAUCCAUAGCCAUGCCAGCUAUCAGCUCUGGAAUCUUUGACUUUCCCUUAGACCAGUGUGUGGCAACCAUUGUUUCAGCCAUCAAAGACAACUUCAAGCGUAAGUCAGACAGAAGUACGUUGAAAAAAAUUUAUCUGGUAGACAUAUCUGCAAAGGUUGCUGGGGCUUUUGCUGAAGCUGUAGAAACUGCAUAUAAAGCCACCAUCUCCCACGCUGCUUCCCCACCCAGUUUAAAAGCAUUAGAACUGGUACCACCUGGGAAAAUACCAGAGAGAGAGGAUUGUCUACUGGUGUCACAAGAAGGCCUGAGAAUUCGGCUGGUGGAGGAAGGUGUGCAGCAUGCAAAGACCGAUGUCAUUGUCAACUCCAUUCCCUCGGAUCUUGCACUCAACAGAGGACCCCUUUCUCAGGCCUUAUUGGAAAAGGCUGGGCCAGGCCUCCAGGAGGAAUUGAAUCAAGCAGGACAAGGUGUCGCUGUCAAUGCGGGCACAAUUCUACAAACCAGCGGCUAUAAUCUGAACUGCCACCAUGUACUUCAUGUGGUGGUGCCACAGUGGAAAGCCAAAAACAGCGCAUCGUCAGUGAAGAUCAUGAAAAACAUCAUCAGAGACUGUCUGAAGAUGGCCGAGGAGCAGUCUCUGCAAUCAAUUGGAUUUCCAGCAAUAGGAACAGGAAAUCUGGGGUUUCCUAAACCUGAAUUUGCUAAAUUAAUCAUUUCAGAAGUGCUCAAAUUUAGUAGCAGGAACCUGAAAACUUUACAAGAAGUUCAGUUUCUGUUGCACCCAAAAGACCAAGACAACAUUAAGGCAUUUUCAGAUGAAUUUGACAGAAGGAGUAACGGAAACCCUAGUGACCACAGUCCCAAGGCUGAAGACACACAAGGUUAUUAUGGAAGUCUUUCCAGUCCUACUUUAGGAGUUCAUGAAAUGAAUAUUGGCCCGAUCCUCUUCCAAGUGGCCACAGGGGACAUCACCAAAGAAGUGGCAGAUGUGAUUGUCAAUUCAACAUCAAACACAUUUAAUCUCAAAUCAGGAGUGUCCAAAGCAAUUUUGGAAGGUGCAGGACAAAAUGUGGAGGCAGAGUGUUCUGUCUUGGCUCAACAGAACAAGGAGUAUAUAGUUACUGUUGGUGGAUUACUGAAAUGCAAGAGUAUUAUCCAUGUUGUUGGUGGGAAUGAUGUCAAAAGAUCAGUUUCCUGUGUGUUGGAAGAAAGUGAACAACGGAACUACACAUCCAUUUGCCUACCAGCCAUUGGCACAGGAAGUGCUCAACAGGACCCAGAUGCAGUUGCUAAGGCCAUAAUGGAUGCCAUUGAAGAAUUUAUCCAGAAAAAAGCAGUGCGGUCUGUGAGGAAAGUGAAAGUUGUCAUCUUCCAGCCCCAUAUUCUGAAAAUUUUUUAUGACAACAUGGAAGACAGAGAAGGCUCCCUGCCUCCUCCUCAGACAUCUAUGCUGUCUAAGAUUGCCUCCAUUUUUGGAUUUUCAAAGAAUGCUCCCCCCAAACAGAACACCCUGUUUUUGGAGAAGAAAAUAGAGCAGACAGUUUUCCAGGUAUGUGGUGCAGAUACAGAUAGUGUGGAACGCACGAUCUCCUGGAUACAGAAUCUGAUCACUGAUGAGCAGUUAUCCUAUACCAGUCAUGAUGAAUGUAUCCGAGACUUUAAUGAGAGGGAGUACAAGAAACUGAAUGAGCUGCAGGAGAGACUGAAUAUCAUCAUUGACCUGGACAAGAAGGCACCUCUGAUUACAGUUGAAGGAAUUAGCAGAGAUGUGGUACGAGCUAGAGAUGAGAUUGAAGAACUGAUCAAGAGCAUUCGAUUGGCUAAAGAAAAGGAAAGCCAUGCAGACUAUGUCUCCACAUUCGUGGAAUGGCAAUACAUUGACAACAACGUCACAUACAGUUUUGACAAAAUGGCUAACAUGGAGUUGGAGGAAGCACGGAAGGCAAAGAGCAAGAACACUGUGGUCAAAAUUAAUAAUCACAACUUCAUAGUGAACUUGAGCACAAACAUGGCCAUAGGCCCUGGAAGACAGAGUCUCACUGUUCAGCGCCUCUUAAAAACUGAAGCUGAAAUCCCUCCAAAUUGGAGUGACAUGAAGCAGAAGAAUUUGCUUGUGGUCAGUCUGCAACCCAAUGAUCCUGAAUACAACAUGGUGGCAAGCAAGUUCAACCAGACCAGCACAAACUUUAUCAUAGAGAAUAUCAAAAGGAUCCAGAAUCCAUAUCUCUGGAGCAAGUACCAGGCAAACAAAAAAGUUAUGGAUGAAAAGAAUGGCCAUGGAAGAAAUGAGAAUCAGCUCUUCCACGGGACGGAGGCUAGCUGUAUUCUACACGUCAACAGCCAUGGGUUUAACCGCAGCUAUGCUGGGAAGAAUGCUACGUGUUAUGGGCAGGGAACCUAUUUUGCUGUCAAUGCUUCCUAUUCUGCCAGUGACACAUACUCCAAACCAGAUGCCAGUGGGAAAAAGCACAUGUACUAUGCACGGGUUCUCACUGGGAACUACACAGUUGGACACUCAUCACUGAUUGUGCCUCCUUCAAGGGACCCUCUAAACCCUACUGACUUGUACGACACUGUCGUAGAUAAUGAUCAAAAUCCAAGUAUAUUUGUAGUGUUUUAUGACAAUCAAACAUACCCAGAGUAUCUUAUCACGUUUAGGCGGUGAUACUUCAGGGCACCUUCCAAGAGAAAUUUGAGUUCAUGUAUCUGCUGUAAGACAAAUGUUAGCUGUUUUCCUCCUUAAGCUUUCUGUAAGAGCACAAGUUCUUUCAUGGACAUGCCAUGGACAUGUUUCCUCAGCUGUUCCUCCAUGGUGGAAAUAAAUCCACUUGAAAGCCAA